AGAAAAAUCAAAGUGGCCUACAGUAUCUUGCAAAACUGAUAUUGGAUAUAUUGAUUAGACCAACUGCAAAGCGCUCUAUUUGACGAAUUCAGCUACCGUGACUAUUUCGAUGCAAUGAAGCGUCUGGGGAAAAAUAAAAAGAAGCGUUGGCAGUAUUGCUACAAAGAUCUUGAGUCCAAGCUGCAAGAUGCUGAAAAGCAUAGAAAAAUAAUCAAGCAAGGCUUUACUGAAGUAUCUACAUGUAUAAAGAAACGUCCUAUCGUGAAAGGCGAUAAGGAUUCCGCAAAGUCGUUCCGAGAUAUACCAUCCGCAUCAGAUGGAAAAAUACGUAUCCCGCGGACAGAUAUCCAGAAAAAGCGUCGUUUGGAGAAAGAUGUCUGGGAAGAUAAUUCGCUGACUGCCCUGCCAACUGUUAAACAAGAUGCUAGUAAAAGUGCAGAAGAAACAAAGAUCAGUGUCCCUCUACCGUGCGCCGGACAGUCAUAUAACCCGACAUUGCAGGACCAUCUUUCUCUAAUGUCACGAAUUGAAAUGAUUGAAUCAGCCAAAAGAAAACGCGAAAUGAAAACGGAGCGUUUUGUCGAGAGUCUCAGGGGCGUGAAAACGGAAGUGAAUCCCGUGAGAGAUAUGAAGAAGUUCUUACAGUCACUAAAUGAUAAGCCUCAGUUAAAAAGUGAAAAUGAAGAACCUGAAGUUUUACCUCGUUUGAAAAAGCCCAAAAAGGUGAAUGUCCAGAAGAGGAUGAAACACGAACUUGAAAACCUGCCAAAACUACUUAAAGAAAUAAAACGCGAGAAAACAGCUAGAUCACUGCGCAAAUCGUCAAAAGCGGCAAAGCGGGAAAUGCGCAACAAACUGAAAACGAUGGAUAUGAACAUCCCAUUCCACUUGCCUAAUGAAAUACCUUCGUCGCUGAGGAAGCUUUGUCCAGAAGGAUAUCUAAUCCAUGAAAUUGAACGUCGGCGAAAUAAAUGUCCGCGGGCAAGAAAAACACUGGGCAAUAAAAGAAACAAUACAUCCUUUGAACGUAAACGCGAAACGAACAUCUCUUCAUAAUUUAUUACUUAUCCUUGUAAAUAUAUAAAAUACAAUGGUAACUGAUUUAUUUCCUAUACAAAUAUAAGGCAUUCACUAAAGAA